AUGCACGCUGAGCUAUGGGGCAUUGUUCGCGGUCUACAAAUUGCUGUGGCCAACAAUAUUAGUUCCUUAGUUGUUGAGUCUGAUUCUAUUGCUGCUGUUAACUUCAUUAAGAAAGGACAUAAUUCAUCCCACCCAUGUGCCCCGCUUCUUGACGACAUUGUUGUCCUUGCCAGCCGUGUGCCACAUAUCUCUUGGUCUCACUGUCUUCGAGAAGCAAAUUUUGCUGCCGACAAUCUUGCCAAGAAGGGCCAUGAUCUUCCCUUUGGCCUUCAUCUAUUUGACGUUGCUCCCCCAGAUACAGCUAUGAUGAUUAUGCGUGACUUGUCUGGUUCUCCAAUUUUAAGGGGUUCUAGUUAG